AUGCCCACCGGUCGGUGGCUCCUCGAACGUGAAAGCCAGGGAACGACGCCUCCGCCAACAGGCUUCGUCCACCUCCUGACCCUCUUCUGCUGUAACGGGUGGCGUCGGAUGUCCAAGGCCAAGCGUGCACAACAGGCCGAAGACUUUGGUGUAGUUGGCACAUCUAGUCGACGCACCAGCGAACGACGAAGCAUGGACGUGGGACAAGGUCGUCCUCCUGCUCCUCCCUCCUCUCCUGCCCCGCGUGUCCAUUGA